AGACCUUCCCAAGCUCCCCUGCUCCCCACGCCGGAUGCCUUCCCGAACAGUAACCAGAGAGGCCUCUUCCCCGAAGCACAGCAGACUCAAGGUGCCUCCCUCUGUGUCCCCUGGCCAGUUGAGACUAAUCAACAGAGCUCCUGAGCAACAUGACUCCCACGGUGGGCAUCCCACCGGCAGCUCUGCUAUCAACAACUUCCUGGAUCCCAAUGACCCGACAUCAUCCGAGGCCCGCCAGAGCCGCAUGCACUUCCUCGACAAUCAGAGGAAGGUUGAUUAUGUCCUCGUCUAUCAUUACCGGAAUCGAGGCGCCCACCCAGGCCACGGCUCCCCUGGCCGCCACAGGCUUCCCCUGGCUGUCAUCUCCAAUGGGGAGAUGGGCAAGGAGCGCAGGCAGGGUGACAUGAUGAUUGAAAUGGGACCCCAGGAUGCCUUGGAGGAGGAAAGGAAGGAGCAGAGGGAGGAGUUUGAGUCUAACCUUAUGGAAGCUGGGCUGGAGCUGGAGAAGGACUUAGAGACCAAGAGCCAGGGGUCCAGCUUUGUCCGGAUACACGCCCCAUGGCAGGUGCUGACCCGAGAGGCCGAAUUCCUGAAGAUCAAAGUCCCCACCAAAAAAAUGUACGAGAUCAAAUCAAAAAACACCAUUGCAAAGAAAUUCAACGAUAUUUUGCAGAAGAUGGCUUCCCCCUUACAGCCCCACGUACCAGAACACAACAACAACAAGAUGAAAAACCUCUCCUACCCCUUCUCCAGGGAGAAAAUGUAUCUGUACAACAUCCAGGACAGGGACACCUUCUUUGACAAUGCCACCAGGAGUCGAAUUGUGCAUGAAAUCUUGAAACGUACAUCCUGUUCUCGAGCCAACAACAUGAUGGGUAUUCAUUCAUUAAUAGCACACAAUAUCUAUGAGGCUGCCUACCCACUUCAUGAUGGUGAAUAUGAAGGUCCUGAGACUGAAAUGAAUGACAGAAAGCUCCUCUACCAAGAAUGGGCACGCUAUGGAGUGUUUUAUAAGUUUCAACCUAUUGACCUCAUCAGGAAGUAUUUUGGAGAAAAAAUUGGCCUGUAUUUUGCUUGGUUGGGUUUAUAUACUUCAUUCCUCAUUCCAGCUUCAGUAAUUGGAGUGAUCGUCUUCCUCUAUGGCUGUGUAACAAUGGGAGAUGAUAUUCCUAGCAAAGAGAUGUGUGAUGAGAAGAAUGGCUUCACAAUGUGCCCUCUCUGUGACAAAGCCUGUGACUACUGGAACCUCAGUACUGCAUGUGGCACAGCACGGGCCAGUCACCUAUUUGACAACCCUGCCACUGUCUUUUUCUCCAUCUUCAUGGCCCUGUGGGCCACCAUGUUUUUGGAAAACUGGAAGCGGCUACAGAUGAGACUAGGCUACUUCUGGGACCUGACUGGCAUAGAAGAGGAAGAAGAACACUCCCGGCCUGAAUAUGAAACUAAAGUUCGAAAAAAGAUGCUGAAACAACAUAAGACCCAGGUCCAGAAAAUGGAAGCAGAUAAAACUGAGAGUGAGGAUGAGGAUGAUGACAGGUUGACUUGGAAAGACCGUUUACCUGGGUACUUGAUGAACUUUGCUUCAAUCUUGUUCAUGAUCGCACUGACAUUCUCCAUUGUCUUUGGGGUGAUUGCGUACCGAAUUACAGCUGCAGCUGCCCUUUCUCUUAACAAAUCUACCCACGCCAAUGUCCGGGCGACAGUGACAGCAACGGCAGUCUUAAUCAAUCUGGUGGUCAUCCUCAUCCUGGAUGAGAUCUACGGUGCUGUAGCCAAAUGGCUCACGAAAAUCGAGGUGCCCAGAACAGAAGAGAGCUUUGAGCAGCGGCUGAUCCUCAAAGCUUUCCUGCUGAAGUUCGUCAAUGCCUAUUCCUCAAUUUUCUAUGUGGCCUUUUUCAAAGGGAGGUUUGUCGGCAGGCCUGGGAAUUAUGUCUAUGUGUUUGAUGAUUACCGAAUGGAACAGUGUGCUCCAGGGGGCUGCCUCAUGGAGCUCUGCAUUCAACUCAGCAUCAUCAUGUUGGGGAAGCAGCUCAUCCAGAACAACAUCUUUGAGAUUGGUAUCCCAAAACUCAAGAAACUAUUCCGAAAGCUGAAGGAUGAGACAGAGCCUGGAGAAACUGACUCUAUGGAAUUAAAGCAGCCUGAGCAGUGGGACCUGGACUAUAGCUUGGAGCCAUAUACUGGAUUGACUCCCGAAUAUAUGGAAAUGAUUAUCCAAUUUGGAUUUGUCAGCCUGUUUGUGGCCUCCUUUCCUCUGGCUCCAUUGUUUGCCCUCCUCAAUAAUGUUAUUGAAGUCAGGCUUGAUGCAAAGAAGUUUGUUACAGAGCUGAGACGUCCUGAUGCUGUGAGAACCAAAGAUAUAGGAAUUUGGUUUGACAUCCUUUCAGGGAUUGGAAAGUUCUCCGUUAUAAGCAAUGCCUUUGUCAUUGCUGUCACCUCCGACUUCAUUCCCCGCCUUGUGUACCAAUACUCCUAUAGUCAAAAUGGGACCCUUCACGGCUUCAUCGACCAUACUCUGUCCUAUUUCAAUGUCAGCCAGCUGAAGGAAGGGACACAGCCAGAGAACUCACACUUUGGCCAGGAGGUUCUGUUCUGCAGAUUUAAGGAUUACCGAGAGCCACCAUGGGCCCCAAACCAAUAUGAAUUUUCAAAACAGUACUGGUCUGUCUUGUCUGCCCGCUUGGCUUUUGUCAUCAUCUUCCAGAACCUUGUGAUGUUCCUCAGUGUCCUUGUGGACUGGAUGAUCCCAGACAUCCCCAAGGACAUCAGUGACCAGAUCAAAAAAGAGAAGACCCUGCUGGUGGACUUCUUCCUGAAGGAGGAGCAUGAGAAACUGAAGAUGGACUCUUCCCAGAGGAGCCAGAGCCGGGGAGGGCGCGGUAGCCCCAAGAGCCCUACUCGCAGCACUCGACACUCCAGCCGCCACUCCGGCCGCAACUCCAGCCCUCACUCCAUUGGCCACUCCAGCCCUCACUCCAUCGGCCACUCCAGCCCCCACUCCAUCCGCCACUCCAGCCGGAGUCAGAGGGGCAGUCAUGUGUCCCCCACUUCCCACCACACCGUCGUGUGAGGCUUAGAGGUGCCCGGGCAGACACAAAUGUGAAGGACCUACAGUUAGAGAGACUAACACACACUCACACAUCAGAGCACACAGAUUUUCUACAUAGAGGUGUGUGGCAGUGGAUGUAUGCUUCUGCUCAUAUUUUUCCUGUCUCAUAAGAUCUUGAAAUUAUAAAGCAAGAGAGGAAACUCGAGAGGGAAAAGCACACACAAACAUGCUGCUGCUUCUCAGGAACAUGAAACUUAGAUUUCUUUCAGACCCUCUUGGGACUGGUACCAUUUUUGAGCUGAUCAGUCUAACAGCAAUGAUCUCCCCACACAGGGGCCCAGAGUUCUAAGACCAUAGGAGCCUUUCUCUCCUUCCCUUCACCCAAGCCCUCUCUCAGAUACCAAAACUUUUUGCUUAGCAGGAGCCCAGAAGACAAUGGGGCCAUGAAAGAAGACCAGUAAAAGCUUUAUGCUAUCCCUGAUAGCACUGCCCAGACCUCCCCAUUUUCCUUUACCAUCACCCCAAGGUUUUCCCCUAAGAAUAUCACCGUCUCACACAACUUUCCUUGUCUCCCCCUCAUCCACUACAAUUGUUAUGGGUCGUACUGUUCCAGGUAGCCUAGACAUGUGGAGGUGAGAAUGCAAAACCAUUUAAUUGAGAUUACCCAAAUUAUAUGCUAAACCAUCAUCUUAUCACGGUACAGGUUGAAAAUAAUAAAAUAAAAGUCUUCAUAAAAGGUGUA